AUGGCAGACGCUCUCAGGGCUGCAUUUACCUCAGUAACAGAGACUGUUUUUCCCUCAUCACGUUCGAUACGAAACCAUCCACGACACCAUAUGGUGAGCUCAGGUUAGCAACUCUCUUUCCCCUUUUAUUGUUAGUAAUUCUUCUCGUGUUGAAAACUUUUUUGAUCCCAGACCUGUCACUCUUUCAACGUAGCAAAGUCAAAAUAAACUCGUGUGGGACUCAAAAUGAAUGGCUGACGUUAUUAGAAAAAUUUAUUCAGGCCAUAGAGUUUUUGUGACCCAAGUGACACCUUCUUUCCUUGGUGAAUUAUGAUAGGACCUGGCGGUAGGUAGGUUGGGGGGGGGGGGAAGGGACCAAAGAUUCCAUCGGCUCAUCUUUAAACGGGCUGUGAGAUUCUUAAAUUUUUUUAAUCUGACAUAAUAAGAUAAAUGAAUUUAAGUGAUGUAUUGGCAAUUUCAUCUCAUCUUCACUGUCUUUCCUAGGAAAUGAAAUUGUAUCUAACUUGGCCUUGCAGAUGUCAUUGUACUUCAAUGUCUAUUUUUCCCCUUGUUGGUACAUAACAUGCAUUGUCAUGCUUGUGGCAAAGGUUAGAUAACUUGCCUCUAUAAUUGUAACUCAACAAUUUUUUUUGUUUGUUUGUUUUUUUUAGUUACGUUCACAAACAUUUCUGCUAUAAAUGUAAUAACUAAGAAGCAGGUGGAUGCAACUUUCAAAUUUGUACUUGAUCUGCAAGUCUUUUUCUUAAAUAAACUGACUAAUUAUCAUCUUGCAAAAAUCACCUAUUACUCAAUGAAAGUAAAGGCUACACUGCAAGUCUUGAUUGUCAAAUUCUCAGUCACUGAAAUUAUGGGAAACUAGCGUAGAUUAACUACAUUUGAAUAACUGUAUUGUUACAUCAGUUGGGGUAUUGCAAGAUGAUUUGCUUUUAUCAACUUUGUUAAUAAUGUGAGCUGGCGACAGUAGAGAGAUUCUAAAGCUGACUUUUCAAGAAUUAGCCCUUUUCAGGACAAAUUGGCUCUGCAAAACUGCUAAUGCUCAAAAUGUGAGCUUAAGAAUCAGUCUGAUUCACAUGAUCAACUCAGUGGAUGCAAAAAAAAAAGUUGAAAAAUACCUUUGGUCUGCAAAUAGUCGCGAUACUCUCUUUCUGUAUCUUUUAGUAUCAAAAGCUGGACUCAGUAUACAAGUUUAUAACAAUUGUUAUAUAUGUUGCAAUGGCAUUGGUGGAGAUUGCCAGACUUUACCUGGGAUAUGCUGGAAAUCUUCAGGAAAAGGUAGACAGAGACAUUUAAUCUUCCUUUUCAAAAAAUGUUGAAUCUAUUGUUCUUUGACAUAUAAAAAUUGGUGAUAAUGUACAAAAAAAGGGCAUAGUCUAUUAGUACCUUCAUUAAGGCUUUGGGAUUUGUUGAUAAGCAGCAGAGGUGUAAGAAUUAAUGGGCAAGAGUAGCCAGAAGAAGAAGAAGAAGAAAAAAGAAUUUCAAACAAAAAUUAACAAACAAAAAAAUUAUUAUUGUAUAACUUGUAACUUGUGAACAUGCUUUUGGGAAUCCUUCUGCAAUAGAGGGCCAGUCUGCCAACAUUGUUACCUUAGGGGGAUGUUCAACAAGUUCUUGAAAAUUCCAAGAGGUAUCUGACAAGUCUUUUGGCUGAAACAGAAGGCAGGAUCAUGUCAGCCACAAAGUAUUUUUUCACAAUUAUUUUACAAUUUUUUUUUGUAUAAUUUAACCAAAGGUUACUAAGAUUGAAACGAAAUUAUUCCAAGGUCACCACUGUCCUUAAUCACUCUUUUUCCCUUCAUCAGGUUCCUGAGCUUGCUGGUUUCUGGAUCUUAACCCUAGUGCUUCAGCUCCCAUUGACGUUAAUGCUACUGCUCAAUGAGAGUAUGUUGAUAAUGCCAAUGGAGAGAGCUGUCAACAUUAUUAUGGCAGUCUUUGUUUUGUUUGAGACAGUUCAGGGCUACAGGGUGAUAAAAACAAUGAUAGACCACCAGGUAUCAAAGUUUCAUGUACAGCAGUUUGACGAGUUAAUUGAACUUCAAGAAAUGCCUGAUGGGGUUGAAGAAGUGGGUUUUAGACCUCAGUAAACUUCAAAAACUACUCUAAAUUAUUGAGUAUGUUAGCCUUUCAGAUGAAAGGGUCAUCUGUAUUAAAUGUCCUAUUUAUUUUUGAUGUAUGUUAAAUGUAGAUUUUAAUCUAAAUUUAUUCAAACUGUUAAAUUACAGUUGCAGUAUUAAAAUGAAAGAAAAGUUACCUUCAUAUACUUCAUGACUUAUAUACAAACAGGCAGGAUUUCCCUGCUGAGAAAAGCCAUAACUG